AUGCCUCACAGCUCCAAUGCCUUCUCUCGCCCCUCCCCCCCAUCCCCUGCAGCCUCUCCCCCCGAUGUCUCCGCGCUCUACAUCGUCCGCCUACGCUCCGCGCCGCCCGUCGCGUCGUACCGCGGCGGACUACCCGGCUACCCGGCAACGGCCGUCUGGGACAGCGACCCUAACGGCAACGCGACAGACGCGACGGCAGACGACACAGCUGCUGCUGGUGCGGCUACUACUAACGCUCUAGGGGGGAGGCUUGGCCGUCCGCUGCGGCGGCCGCGGGUGAACGUGAGGGCGCCGGGCGUGAGGGCGUUCAAGCAGCUGCUGCAGCGCAUGCAGCAGGCCGUGCUGAGAGACAGCGGCGUGGACGCCGGGAAGAUGCUCUAUAGCUACACGCACGUGUCGAACGGCUUCUCCGCCAAGCUCACGCCAGCGCAGGUGCAGCGCAUGAGGCGGCAUCCAUCUGUGGCGUCCGUGACGCAGGCGCGCGUGCUGCGCCCCGCCACCACCGACUCGUACAAGUUCCUCGGCCUGCCCUCCUCGCUCUGGGCCGACGCGGGCGGGCCCAGCAGCGCAGGCGAUGGGACUGUGAUCGGCAUAGUGGAUACCGGCAUAUGGCCUGAAAACGGUUCCUUUGACGACAGGGGCUACAGCAGCACACUCCCGGCGGGGUGGGUGGGAGACUGUUUCAGCACGCGCGACAUGUCGUGCAACAAGAAGAUCAUCGGAGGGGACUGGUUCUACGAGGGCUUUGUGAGCAGCGGCAACACCAUCGACCUCUCCAGCGACUGGCUCUCGCCGCGCGAUGCUGUGGGCCACGGCACGAUGUGUGCUGGGAUCGCAGCGGGCAACAGCAACGUGGAGGUUCCCGACAUUGAGUCGGGCAGGGCGAGCGGCAUGGCGCCAGGGGCGCGCCUGGCCAUCUACAAGGUGUUCUGGCAGGCGAAAGAUGAGAGCUUCUACGCCACCACCACCGACAUCUUCGCAGCCAUUGAUCAGGCCGUUGCCGACGGUGUGGAUGUGCUUAGCCUGUCGCUGGCCGAAGCCCAUUCGACGGAUACCUACUUUGAUGACUUGCCAUUCAUCAGUGUCAACGCGGCGGGGGUGUUUGUGGCGUUUGCAGCGGGCAACGAGGCCAGGCCAUCCGUCCUCGCAGUUACGAACUAUCGCACGCUCUGCAACUUCUCGCCCUACUACAUGACUGUGGGCGCCAGCACCAUUCUCCGCAACGGUGCAUCCCUCUCUUCCACAACCGCAGCAGCAACAGCACCAGCGUCCUUCGAAGCUCCCUCCAACACCACAUUCAACACAGCCAAUACAGUCGCAACACUCAGUGGCCGUAGCUUUGCCCCUGUAGUCUCCUUUAUCUCUUCCACUGGGCCACUCUCCAAUCCGAUGCUGCCCUCCCCUGCUGCCGCUCACCCCUCCAACACCAUCCUCAAACCCAACAUCAUCGCCCCGGGGGAAGACAUCUACGCCACACCAAAAUGUCACACUGGCUAA